CGGAACGAGUUCACAAACGAGUUUCCUUUUUUCAACAAUGUCAUAGACAACUAUCCUUUCUUAUACACUUCUAAAAUAUUUCCAACAAUUAUCCCAGUUGUGAAAUGGAUAUUUUGCUUCCGUUCGCGUUUCUGUUGCUCGUUUGUCAAGCUAUGUCAACAGACAAGCUAUCAGAGACAUUUGAAAAGUUCUACACCACAGAUUCUAGCUACGCCCAUCCAUCCAAUCGCCAACACAGUGCUAUAGGCAUCAGCACUAUGGCUGAGUUUUCAAUGCUGAGCAACACGCCCACUCUAUUUAAAGUUGACCGACCAGGCCUUGACAAUGAAGUCAAUACUGUGUCAUUGCAAUCGAUACAACAACCCGGACUCUAUCUUCGGUACAAGAAUUACAAAUUUCAUAUGGAAAAGUAUGAUGGUAGUGCAUUGUUUAAAAAAGACGCGACACUGAGAGAAAGAAUAGGACCUCACGGGAGAGCCUACGAACUUCUGGGAAGAGAUAAUUGGUUUAUGUGUCAUUCAGAUGCAACACCAUAUACAUUACAGCCACGCUCUGAGAAAAUUGGAACCCAGGAUUUUGUCAAGUACUGUGUGUAUGUUCCAGUAAAACAAGAUAUGGUUGAAAAAAAGAAUAUUGUGAAAACUUUACCGAGUGGAGGGGCAAUGGUCGUGAAUCAUGUACCAACGACCCAGGAGACAGACAAAUGCAUCAGCGUAAGAUUUGUGAAUCAUCUUGGCGGUCCUGUGCGAGUAGUUUCAAGUCUGAAACCAGAAGGUUAUCUUGUUACAGCGAAUGCGUUCAAACUUAAGACAAUAUUCAAACACGCGAAUCAUAAACAACGUCACGUUAUCUUCUACGCUGAGAACGUCCAGGAUCGAGAUGAUGACGUCUUGUUAAACAACAGAAAUGUGUUUACUGUGAAACCACACGACUGUUCGAAAGAUUUCACGAAUGUAGUUUUGUCUUCAGAGAUAAAUGACGCAGCAUCUGAUGCAGCAAUGUUGAACGAUGGUUCUGUAACGCCAUCUCCAAGAAACAACGAAACUUCAGCGUCUCUUAAUGAACUGACGAACAAAACUCCAAUCCCCCCGGCACUAGGAGACGGUACAACCACAUCUUCGGCGCUGAACGACGGUCUUCGGAAACCACCGGCAGCCGACAAUACUGGCAACCUUGGAGCGACAAUGAAACCCCCAGCUAACCCUGCCGUGUCUCAAAACCCACCGACGAACACCCAGCCGAAGAGCGCUCCCUCAAGUACGACCCUUUCAAUUCAGAAAGACGCAAAACCUGUCAUCCAAAGUAAUGGCGUGUUAGAGCGUCAAGGAAAUACAAACGUACCUGCAUCAGAGUUGGUAUCGAGUAAACCAAUGUAUCAAGCUCCGCCAAAUAUCAAGCCAACUGCUCGUACUUCACUAGGUCAACAACCUGUGAUUACUGCAAACGGAAUAAUGCCAGAAAAAGCAAAACAAGCCUCAACGAGCUACACUGCGCCACUACAACAACAGAUACAAACUCUUGAUAAUGUUCUGCAGAAAAGAAUCCAGACUCAAGCAAGACCAGUGUUUAACAACGUAUUACCCAAUCCUGCAACACAAAUGACAUUUAGUUCUGGCAGACCUGAGGGUUAUGAAGCAUGGUCAUCAUUUGGGCCUUGUAGUGUUACUUGUGGUGUUGGGAUGCGCAGAAGAACCAGAAUCUGUAGACCUGGGACCUAUUGCUUUGGACCAGCAGCGGAGACAAGGGCUUGCAUCAAGGAGCAGUGUCCUUCAAACUGCAUCCACACAACAGGAGGAGUGGUGAGAGACGGUUCUUGCUGUCAUUUUCCGUUCUCGUUCAACGGGAAUCAGUACUAUCACUGUAUACUAAGUCAAAGGAAUAACGAGAGAAUGUGGUGUUCAACCACUCCGUACUAUGAACGAGACAAACAAUGGGGAUACUGUCCCAGAUCAGCUAAAGCACCAGCACAUCCAUUUGUAAAACCUGUGCAACCAGUUGAGCCAAGCGAACAACUGCAAGGCACAGAAUUCCAGUCUGACAAUGAAUACUACGAUAAUCCUAGCUAUACGGACGACGAUAAUGCAUACAGGCCAUGCAGUGCAAUGUGUUCCCGGGUGUGCGAUGAAACAUGUCCAAAACAUUGUUGUUUGUCCGUCAGAGCUAAUCUACCAAUAACUGCGUACAUGGGAAAUAACUACGACAGCAAUGAUAAGAGAAGCCACGUUUAUCCGUUCACACCAAAAUACUGAUGUCAGUAAAAUAUAACAUAUCAAUACUUCUGUAUGUGUUAUGAUGUCAGAAUGAACUUGAAAUGUUGUCAGUUGCUUGUUACAAGAGCCUACUGCGCAGUAAAGGGGAAUUAAAGACAGCCCUUAAACUGGGUAGCAAGACUUUGUGAUUUUAUGAACACAGGUUAAAAGUUAGAAAUCACUUACCAGCUGAUACCACAUUUGAACUCUUGCAGAAUGUAGCAAAAUUUCACUUAAAAUACAAUAUAAACAACACAA